UCAAAAACAAACAAUGUGUUAGUAAUUAGUUGUGUCAUUUGUACUAAUAAUAAUCCGGUUUAAGUGUUGUAUUAAAUGACCUCGGGGACGAGAUUACCGACAUGGAAGGAAAGAGAGAACAACAAGCGGAGAGAGCGGCGGCGAAGGGCGAUCGCAGCAAAGAUAUUUGCGGGAUUAAGGAUGUAUGGUAAUUACAAGUUACCUAAACACUGUGAUAAUAACGAGGUUUUGAAAGCUCUUUGUAAAGAAGCUGGUUGGAUCGUCGAAGAUGAUGGAACUACUUAUCGAAAGGGAUGCAAGCCAGUACAACACAUGGAUAUUAAUGGUGGUUCGGUAUCUGUAAGCCCUUGUUCGUCUUACCAACUGAGCCCUGGUGCUUCGUAUAAUCCGAGUCCUGCUUCAUCAUCUAUUCCUAGCCCGGUCUCAUCCCAGUAUGUUGCCAAUGUCCAAAAUAAUUCUGAUCCCAACUCGCUCAUUCCUUGGCUUAAGAACCUGUCAUCUGGCUCAUCACCGUCCUCGUCUAACUUUCCCCACCAUUUGUGCAUUCCUGGAGGUUCUAUAAGUGCUCCUGUGACUCCACCUUUGAGCUCUCCCACUUGCAGUACUCCUAGGAUGAAUGAUAAUUGGGAAAAUACCACGGCCAACUCUACAUGGAUACAGCAGCAUUAUCCCUUCCUGCCGUCCUCAACCCCUCCUAGUCCAGGUCGCCAAACCCCACCAGAUUCAGGAUAUCUCUCUGGUGUUCAAACUCCACAAGAUGGACCUUCAUCUCCCACAUUCAGCCUCGUCUCAUCAAAUCCAUUUGGAUUUAAGGAGCCAUUAUCAAACGGAGGGUCUCGUAUGUGGACACCUGGGCAAAGUGGGACAUGUUCACCUGCAGUUGGAGCUGGUAUGGACCAAACAGCUGAUGUACCAAUGUCGGAUAUUAUCUCAGCAGAGUUUGCAUUUGGCAGCAAUAUGAAGGGUGUAGUAAAGCCAUGGGAAGGAGAAAGAAUUCACGAAGAGUGCAUCAGUGAUGAUCUUGAGCUUACACUUGGGAACUCCAGCACUAGAUAGGGAGUGUGAGAGGAAUUGAAAACCUAUGUUUAUAUGAUCAUCGCAAAGUUUGGAAGUUUUUAACUUCUUGUGUUGAUCAUCCCUUCUGAAUGUGAAGAUACUCUGGUACGGUGAAAACCAGAAGUCACAAAUACAGAAUAGGAGCAACAGUAAAUUUUCCUUUUCUUAUUUUCUUCAAAAGGACAGUGCUCAUGUCGAGCCCCCUUUUUUCCCGCUUGGGGUUUGGGGGAACGUUAUCCUAUUUUCCCUAAUACUCUCCCUUGUUCUUUUAAUUCUUUUUCCCUUUAGUGUUGAAUUUGUUUGUAGUUACCCUGUUGUAAUAGAUAAACACGAUAUAGUACCUAGAGUUAACCAACAAGAAUCUGUAUUUCUGUACCUUU